CUUUUGCAUUUCCCCGCAGCACAUCCCACACCAAAACCAUCAUGACGGUCCAACCUCAACUCGAUACGCUCCAGACCUCCGUGGAUGGCGGCAUCCAGGAAACUCAGACGUACUUGGCUAAUUUGCAAGCGCGCAUCGCCGAGUACGACUCGCAGUACCAAGUGUCGGAAACCGCGUCGUCGUACUUGCAGACGGCGAUCAACACGGCCAACUCUGCCGUCGAAGACUUGAAGAAAUCCGCCUCGUCGCUCCGCUCGACGACGUUGUCGGCGGCGCACAAGCCCGUGGAGCUCGUCCAGCAAGCCCUCGCCCAAGUGUCGGCGUCGCUCGUGCUCAUCAAGGACCACGCCGCCACCUAUGACACCAAAUUCCAACUCGCGGUACAUGACGCCCGUGGCAACUUGGAAACGUUGACGUCGGUGACUCGUCAACGCACGACGGAUGCGAUCCAACAAGCAUCGCAGCAAGCGACGACCGUGCAAUCCAAGUUGGCGAGCACUGCCCAGGACGUGGGCACGUCGGCGAUUGCGUACGCCGGCGGCGUCGUGCAUAAGGUCGAAGCCAUGGACCAGUACUAUCACGUAAGCGAAAAGCUGCAAGAUACGGUCGCGCUGGCGACCGAGAAGGCCAAGGAACUGGACGCAACCUACCAAGUGAGUCAGCGCGCGAUCACCCUGGACACGCAAGUGACGGGCGGGUUUGCCGCGCGCACAUUGACCAGUGCAUCGGAACUGGUGCAUUCCGGGCUCGAGUACAUCACGGGCAGCUUGCAGUACGCCAAGGACGUGGCGACGUCCAGCAACUCGCAGCCGUUGACCACGUCCGUGCCGACGAUUGAACCCCCCGUAGCGACGAGCGAAGAUGAUGAUGUCGGACACGUGAAGAAGACCAAGACGGGCGCCGUGGAGGUGCACGAAGAGGUGGUUCAAGAAGCGACGACCCAGUAGGAUGAUGGAGAGGUUUGAAUAGUUUUUGCCAUCUUUUUAACAAUCACACCAUGUAUAUAUGAACAACAACAUGCACUCUCGUAUGAAUGUAUGUAGUCUGC